GAUGAGCGCAGAAUGGUUCAUUACAACACACGGCGGCGCACCACAGGAAAGGGAACUCGUUUGUGUACGUUUUAUUGAUGGAGUUUUACUGUAGUUUCCGAGCAGUGUGCGGUUGUGACAGGUGUCAGAUCUGUUUAGUAUGCGAAGACUGAAUUGUGCUGAACUGCUUUUGUUUUGUGAAGACUCGGGGCUGCGAACUGCCAUGCUGCCAAAACAAACAGUCGAGAUUGGAUCAUCUGAUUGAACAGAGCAAUGUCCUUUAUGUUAUCAAGCGAACUCCCAAAUAGGACAAGAGUACAGGAUCAUAUCAAAAUGUCAUGAUGUGACACGGUCUGUGUGCGUGGUACAAGUGAUUUUUGGACGUGUUAAAAUGCCACGACUAGAAGAGGUAGCUAAUGUUGCCCUUAGGGUGCCCAGUAUCUUGGUGUUGGACAUGCUCUAUAAAUGUGACGUUGAUAGCUUCACGGAUCAUCUCAAGGCGAGGACAGAGGACAUGCUCUUCAAGUACAAAUAUGUCAUCUGGAACAUAUAUUAUUUAGGUCACAUAGUGAGCAUUGUGCUACUACUGCUUCCCCUUGGGCAUAUUAUCCAGCUGUACCUGCAUGUCCUUUGUGCCCUUUUACUUUACAUGGGUCAUCAGAUUGUCAGAGACUAUGUUCGAGAGGAAGCUAAAUAUGGUUAUGAUGGUGUGCUCUUUCUGGACUCUCCAGCACUGAAUCGUUUUGUGACUGCACUCACCAGUCAGAUUAUAGUCGGCACUCUUUGUGCGUUCCUCAUGCGCACUCAACGGGUGUGGAUGUUCUCGGCACACUUGCUCCCUCUUCUGGCACGAGUGGUUUCUGUCCCUCUGGACUGGCUCCUCACUCUCUCCUCCAUUUCCAUGAUAAUCACGGGGGCAGAGGUUGCAGUUUUCCUUGUCAUCAACCUCUUUGUGCCAUACAGACUGGCCAGAACAGCAUAUAGAGAGAUAAUGCAAAUAGAGGUGACUGAGUUAUACAGACUGAUGGCAGUUGGAGUGUCUCUCUGGCAUGGCUUUGCUGUGCCGGUUUUGUUCAGUGUCUUCUGGUUUGUGCUAUUUGGAGUGCAACUGGUUGCCAAUGUUGGCACCAUCACUGCUGUCCAACAGGGACCUCUGCUAUACAUCCUUACCAGUGUAUCGGAAUGCUGUGCUAGCCCAUACUCUCUACUUGGUUUAACAUUUGUGAUAUCUUAUAUGGCGUUGGGACUUCUAAAUCUUUGUAAGUUCUACCUUGGAGGAUUUGACGCUCUACAGAACCACAAUGUCAUGCACAGAGGUGUGACAGAGGGGGUGACUUUGCUGCUACUGGCUCUGCAGACUGGGCUGUUGGACAUGGCAGCCCUGCAGCGAUGCUUCCUGCUCUUCAUCAUCCUCUUCAUCGUCCUCACCUCCACUUUACAAAGCAUGAGUGAGAUCACAGAGCCUGUUGUCUUAGGUCUGGGAGCCAGCAGAAAUAGGAGCGUGUGGAAGCAUUUGCGGGGAUUAUCUAUGUGUGGGUUUCUGUUGAUUUUUCCGGGAUUUAUGGCCUACAAAAUCUCCCAGUUUUUCCACAUGGAUUUCUGGCUGUUGAUUUUGGUUUCCAGCUGCAUGCUCACGUCACUGCAGGUGACAGGCACUCUGCUGAUCUACUGUCUGUUCAUGGUGGAGGUGUGGCGCGGUUCCGCCCUGCCUGCAUUUGAUGAGAUUGCUUAUUAUGUGAAUGGAGUGUGUCGGGUGCUGGAGUUCACAGUGGCUGUGUGUGUGGUGGCUUACGGAGCAUGGGAGUCGCUGUGGGGUGAGUGGAGCUGGAUGGGAGCAUCGGUCAUUAUCAUCCACUCAUACUGCAAUGUGUGGCUACGUGCCCAGGCUGGCUGGAAGAGCUUCCUGCUCCGACAGGAAGCGGCUCGCAAAAUCAACCUGUUACCACGGGCUAACGCAGAACAGCUACAGGAACACAAUGAUGUCUGUGCCAUUUGCUUCCAGGAUAUGACAUCAGCUGUGAUAACAUACUGUGGUCAUAUCUACCAUGGCAGCUGUUUGAGAAAAUGGCUGUAUGUGCAAGAGACAUGCCCCAUGUGCCAUGCGUCCAUCAAACCCUCCUCAACAAAUCAGAUGGCAGGUGCAGGUGAUGCCCGGCCACAGCAAACUAGGCAACCACCAGAGCAACAGCCUCGCCCUGAACACUUUCAUGAGGAGGAGCAGGGCUCCCAGGGAGAUGGUCCUCACUCUACACAGAGGACCUGUGAUGAGUUUAAAAUGAAAUUCUCAAACUCUGACAGGAAUUCUAGCAAGGGAGGUCCUCAGAACUUGAAUUUUGGUGCAAACGGAGAUUCCCAAGGUUUGGAACAUCCUAGCUGCUCAACAGAGCAGAGCCCUUCACAUGAGAAAUGCAAGGAUGCUAUGGAUGAGACUCGGGAGCUCAGGGAUGCAGACUGAAAACAAAAGCACAGUCAUGGCAGUAAAACAGACUGUGACUGUAUGACAGACAGAAAUAUUUCUCUGGAGGAUAUGAAGCGAAGCUCAGAGAAAGUGGGACACGCUCAGAGGAAGCCGUAACGGUACAGGGUUGCAAAUAACGUACAGACAUACAGAAUGAGAUUACAAGAUUAUUCUUUACAGAGGACUAUGACAUCAAGCUGAUUGUGUGCUGGGCCUGGGACCCAUGAAAUCACAGCUCCUCAACAGCAUUAGAUUAUAGACAUUUAUUGAGGAUUGUCUUUUCUUGACAUUUGUUAAGAGAUAAAAUGUCAGACAAGAUUGUCCAGGUUAAAUGGAAGACAUUAAAAAAUAGGGCAACUGAGAGUUUACCAAACUCUGGAUAAAUGUGGUUAAAAAUAUUAAUUACAGAUUCAUUAGGGCAAUUAUCUUGACUCAAGACUUUUUUUGGGGGGGGGGUUGUCUAAAGGACUUUCCCGUUUUGAGUUUUUACAUACAGGUUUUGGUGAGUCAAUUUUCAUGACUGUCAUUUUACAUAAUGGAGAAUUAUUGCUAACUGUGCCUCUGUCUUUUCUGUAUUGCUCCAUUAUGUACGUAUGUUUGAGCAUAAGUGAUUGUAAUCCAGGUGUCCAGGUCAUGAUGAGUAUUCUCAGUUACAUUAUGAAUGUGGAUGAAUUCUGACAAAAUUAAUGGAUAAUAAACAGCUGCACUCUGUGCACAAAGCAAA